UGGGCUUGAUAGUUUUCCCAUCUGGCAACGCCUACACAAACAGCUGUUUAUUACUUCAUCGGCGAGUUUUGUGUGGAAUUUUUUUGAAAAUGACUUCCCAGUUCUUAAGCCAACUGCAUACGGCCGACAAACUGGCCGCCGAGCCGUGGCCCGAAGAUGCCACCCUCUACCAGCCCUAUGAAGCGGAGCAAAUCCUGCUGCCGGAGAACGCCAGUUGCCUGGCGGUGAAGGCUUACCUGAAGAUGUGCAACCUGCCCUUUGGGAUCCGUUCCUGCGCCAAUGCGGAGCACAUGUCUCCGGGCGGCAGGAUGACCAAGUUGCCCUUCAUCCGUGCUGGGGCAUUCAUCUUUGCGGAAUUCGAACCGAUUGUGAACUUUGUGGAGCAGAAGGACCUGGCCAUUGGCAGCUGGCAGGAUGAGGACGAGAAGGCCGAUAUGCGCACCUAUGUGUCCCUGGUGGAGAACAUCUUCACCAUGGCGGAGCUGUACAUCAGCUUCAAGAAUGAGCGCGUGUACAAGGAGGUGACCGCUCCCAGGAACGGCGUCGUCUUUCCCUGGCCCCUCAACCACAUGCAGAACUAUGGAAAGCGGCGGAACGCUCUGCGUUUGCUUAAGGUCUACCAGUGGGACGACUUGGACAUCGACAGCGUCAUCGAGAAGGUGGCCAAGUGCUGCGAGACCCUCGAGUACAAGCUGAAAGAGUCGCCCGAAACGCCCUUCUUCUACGGCGAUCAGCCCUGCGAACUGGAUGCCAUCGCCUUUGGACACCUCUUCAGCAUCCUCACCACCACGCUGCCCAACAUGGCGCUGGCACAGACGGUGCAAAAGUUCAAGCACCUGGUCGAGUUCUGUCGCUUCGUCGAUGAGAAAUACUUUCAGACCAGGUUCCUCUAAGCUUAGUUAUUUAUAGCUCUCGCACUAAAAUGCUGGCAUAUUAAAUCCCAAAUUAUAGUCGUAGUUCAUCUUUUGUUUUGAUGUGCUUAAAGAAUUCUGUUAAAGCUGUUAAUCAACCUGCUUUUAUAAACAGCUACACGCAUUUAUGAAUCGCCUUCGCUUAGGCUGAGAAAGCCGCAGCAAUUUAUUUUUGAUUUUUAAAACAUUGUUUUUUAAGCUAAACAUGUAUGUAGAAGGAGUAAAAAUUAGACUCCCGGUCGAGCUGUCUUUUUUUUAUUACGAUUUUACGUUCAGAUUUGGUGCCUGUAAAAAUAUUUAUAAUUAUGCUGCCUUCAAUGACAAAUUGUACAUGUCGCAUUAGUGCUUAGAUAUGCUUUAAUUUCUUUAAUUUUUAGCUAUGACUAACAAUGACAUUUUUCAUAAUUUACUUUCAGCAAAUAAUUUGAGGUCUCAAAUUUCAUUCUUGAAGGAAUUGUGUAAAUUAGUAAUUAUUAUGUUAAAUUCAUCAAAAUAAAUUGUUUGUUGACGCUUGGUAAAA